UCCGCUCUGCGUGUGCGCGAGACCAGCCUCCCCGAAACCUGAGCGAGGCAGAGGCAGCGAAACGAGAGGCGACAGAGCGCGAGCGCUACCACCACCCUCAGCACAACAUGGCUACAAUUGCAACCUCGACCAGGUUUACAGACGAGUACCAGCUCUACGAGGAGCUCGGAAAGGGUGCCUUCUCCGUAGUCCGGCGAUGUGUAAAGAAAUCAACCGGCCAGGAAUAUGCUGCUAAAAUUAUCAACACAAAAAAGCUGUCAGCACGAGAUCACCAGAAACUGGAGCGGGAAGCACGGAUCUGUCGUCUGCUCAAACACCCCAACAUAGUGCGGCUUCAUGACAGUAUCUCAGAAGAAGGCUUCCAUUACCUCGUUUUUGACCUUGUUACUGGAGGAGAGCUGUUUGAAGACAUUGUUGCUAGAGAGUAUUACAGUGAAGCAGAUGCCAGCCACUGCAUUAAUCAGAUCCUGGAGAGCGUCAGCCACAUCCACCAGCAUGACAUUGUGCACAGGGACCUCAAGCCUGAGAAUCUGCUGUUGGCCAGUAAGAUGAAGGGGGCAGCGGUGAAGCUGGCUGACUUCGGGCUGGCCAUUGAGGUGCAGGGUGAUCAGCAAGCCUGGUUUGGUUUUGCCGGCACUCCUGGAUAUCUGUCCCCUGAGGUUUUGAGAAAGGACCCCUAUGGAAAACCAGUGGACAUUUGGGCCUGUGGAGUUAUUCUCUACAUCCUGCUGGUGGGCUAUCCCCCCUUCUGGGAUGAAGACCAGCACAAACUCUAUCAGCAGAUUAAAGCAGGAGCGUACGAUUUUCCUUCUCCAGAGUGGGACACUGUUACUCCAGAGGCCAAGAACCUCAUCAAUCAGAUGCUGACCAUCAACCCAGCAAAGAGGAUCACUGCUGAUCAGGCUCUCAAGCACCCAUGGGUUUGCCAACGCUCCACUGUGGCUUCCAUGAUGCAUCGUCAAGAGACUGUUGAGUGUCUGCGCAAAUUCAAUGCAAGGAGAAAACUGAAGGGGGCCAUUCUCACCACCAUGCUGGUAUCUAGAAACUUCUCUGUGGGCCGGCAGCACACCAGCCCCGCCGCCCCCACCACCAGCACGGCUGCGCUGGCCCAGGAAGCAUGCAAAAGUUUACUGAACAAAAAGUCUGAUGGAGUGAAGCCACAGACAAACAACAAUAAAAACAGUGUAGUAAGCAGCAGCAGCACCAAAGACAGCAGCAUAUCAUCCACAGCACCAAUGGAACCACAGACCACUGUCGUGCACAACCCAGCCGACGGCAUCAAGGGUUCCACAGAGAGCUGUAACACUACAGAAGAGGAGGACAUGAAAGGUAGGAAAGUAUCAGUCGGAGAGGUUAGCAGUGACAGCGCAGUGGUCAGCCAAUGCAGUGCCUCUGAGGAGCCCACGCCUCAGACUGAGGCUCCUCCCCCCCUCCUACCUCCCACUGAGGUGCAGCAUGAUGUGAAGCGUGUGGCAUGGAGCAGUAGAAGGCAGAGCUCUUGCCCUGAUCUGGAGCCUGCUGUGCCUGCCCCAGCCUCCAGAGCAGCAGCAGGCAGCAGCAGUUCACAGCAGUCACGCAAGCAGGAGAUCAUUAAGAUCACUGAACAGCUGAUUGAGGCCAUCAACAAUGGAGACUUUGAGGCCUACACGAGAAUCUGUGAUCCAGGUCUGACCUCCUUUGAACCUGAGGCACUGGGCAAUCUGGUGGAGGGGAUGGACUUCCACAAAUUCUACUUUGAAAAUCUCUUGAGUAAGAACAGCAAGCCAGUGCACACCACCAUCUUGAAUCCACACGUGCACCUGAUCGGAGAGGACGCAGCCUGCAUUGCAUACAUCCGUCUGACGCAGUACAUCGACAGCCAGGGCCGUCCGCGUAGCUGCCAGUCAGAAGAGACUCGUGUGUGGCACCGCCGCGAUGCUAAAUGGCUCAACGUGCACUUCCACUGCUCAGGAGCACCUGCUGCACCUUUACAGUGAACCAAACCAGGCACAGCUUACCUGGAUAAUUGGAGCAUUUCUUCUCGGUGGCUGGAUUGGCGCCAGGAGCCCGGCCUGAAGAGAAAACAUGAGGGGGGAAAAAAUAACGCAACCAAGUUAAAAAAAAAAAUUAAAUAAAAAAUUGAAAGCCAACUGUGGCCACCACCACUUCAGUCCUACCGUAGCUAGACGUGGGGGCCGGCUGUGGCAAGUGGCCCCGCCCUCCGGAUGCUGCAUGCUUCUGAUGCCCAAAGGGGGCGCUGUCUUGUCCUUUUUGCCCAUGAUCCCAUCUUUUCUGCCCGUCGUUCGGAAAGAGUGUUUAAAGUAUUAAUCUGUUGUAAAAUAUCGAGAUUGUUGAUCCUCACACUAUUAACAGGGCUGAAAGUGAUGGCAGUUUCAAAUCUGAAAUGUGAAAUAGUGAAAAGGAGAACCCACUGUUUCAGUGGAUGGUGUUUUUUUUUUUUUUUGGUUAGUUUUGUUUUUUUCUGCCUUUGUUUCUUUUUUCUUUUUUUUUUAAACAUGUAUAAGUCUUGUUUGGAUGCAAUGUCACGUGAGGAGUGGGAUAUUUGAGGGGCUAAACUAAAACUUUGCUUAUUAUCAUGAGUAAAGCUACCAAAGUGUAGAAUUUAGGCAUCAACCAGAAGUUGUUUUAACAAUAUUUUUUAUUCUGUUUGAUAAAAGGAGGGAAGCUGUGAGGACGGUUAUUAUUAUUUUUAUUUUAAUUUUUUUUUGAAGUAUUUUUGUGUUAUUUUGUGGAACUCUUGGUUUUUAUCUCCUGAAUAAUGCUGUAUUUAAAAGUAUUUUGUGUUUUCAAAAAAAAGAAGCUGAUUUUUAAAAGCGGGGCACGGUUUAAUAGUUGUGUAUACAUAGAUAUUUAUAAAGAGAAGGGAAAAAAAGACAAAAAAUGAUUUUAGUGUCUGUGUAAAGGGAACUUUUGAGAGCUUUCGAGGGGGUGUGAGCAUGUUUGUGUGUGUGUGUGAAUGUGUGUAUUAUUUAGUUUAGCCUGUUGGCUCUGUUGUGCUUUAAGAAGCACAUGUACAUGUCUAUCUAUAUACACACCAACACACACACACAGCUACCGAGAACACAAACAUGGGCUGGGUCACUUGGCCUGUCUGCUUGUUUGUCUGCUUGUUGGCAGGUGUGAUACCUGAGUCCUCAGAACCUGAAGUUGCAGAACGCUCCCUUCAAUUUAUCAGUGUGUUCUGAGCACACCUUCGUCUUCUGCCUGCCAGGGGGGGCUAAACACUACUCUCACAUACAUCGUCUUUUAGUGCCCCCUUCUCUCUCUCUGUCUCUCUCUCACUUUCCCAGGGCUCCGGCCUCUUGUGCAUAUCAUUUGUUUUUUUUCUAUACUGUUCAAAGCAUGUUUGGAUUGAAUUGAAUUGAAAUGGCCUGUACUGUUUUGCACAUUAGCCUGAGAUGCUAUGCUGUUCCGUUCACUCCUCGUGGACUUUUCUGCAACUUCAGGUUAUGAAAGCCCUCUCCGACAGGUUCUUUCUCCAAAGGGGACCCUGACACCAGCCCGUGCAACCCCAUUACACCCUUCCCACCCCCACUGUGUUGGUCUGUCCUGCACACUUGCCUGCUGUCUGCUGUCCGAGGUCUGGUCCUGUCCGUGUCGUUCCGUCUGUUCGCUCACUUCCUGUGCUUUGUCUCCGAGGCUCACUGUGAGCAGUGCCUGAGCAGGUUAGUCCUGAGGAAGAAAGAAGGAAGGAUGGAGGGUGACUCAGGAUAUGGAAGUUCUGAGUCUGACUUGGGAGAGAAAGGGGGAGGAGCUAAGAGCAGUGAGUCCAGGUCAUGCUGAAAGGCUGUUGGGUUUAUCGGCCCCUUUUGUGGCAGUUUGUGUUGUAAUGUUCUAAUGUUAGUGUUCUUAGUGUUGGUGUAUUUUCUGGGUCAUAUAUUUUUGUUUUUUGUUUCGUUUGUUUAUGUAAAUACUAAUGCAGUGCCCGUUGCCCUUUGUAGUUGUGGGUGGAGCCUAGGCUGUGCCAAUUUUGCACACGCCCACUUUGUCCGUCUUCAUCCCUAAAAACACAUGCUCAUGGACUUCCAGUGCACUGGUGAAAUAGGUAAAAUCAUGGAUCAUGCUGUAAAAUGCACGUUCACAAAGCAAACGAGACGUGUGGUUGUGUGUUCAAUGCUCACAUGACACAGUGUUCUCCCUUUAAGGCAUAUCUGUGUGUGUGUAUAUCUGUGUGACAUGAAUACUGCUUAUUUUCACUGUGGUCAAAAAGUAGAAACGUGAAUAAUAUCAGUGACCCCAUGCGGGAAAGGCUUAAUGCAUACGCUGUUCACUUUGUUCUAAGCCGUUAUGCUCCUUUCAUUGUAUUUAGCAGUAAUUAGUAUGGCUGCGAGUAGACAAGAUUCAUCUGAUGGAAGAAAAGGAUAAGAAAAAUGGUAAAAGGAAAGAUUCAGUUGUAUAUAUCAAACAUAUCUAACUCACCACAGAACACCCAGUGAGGCACUGUGACACCUUUCCGCCCCAUCAGUUUCCUUUUUGGGCCCUGGUGCAGUGCUUGUACAGUUCCAGUGUGAUGUCGUCCAAGUAGCGUCUCUUCUGACUUCGUUGCCCUGUCCUCUGAGGCCCGCCCUUCUCUCUCAUCCUAGUGUCUCCACACAGCCAUAAGGAAUGGUCACCUUAAAAAAAAAUACAAUGCAGAGCGUUUUAUAAAGGGGAAAAAUAUGUUCUUAUGUUACGUAGCUUGCGAUAAGAGGGAGAACUUACGAUACGCCAACCGAAAUAACUCAAAAAAGGAAAAAAAGAAAAGAAAAAAAAAAGGCCACUCACUUAAACAACAAACCAAACCAUAUAUGCAGUUGGACAGAAGGAGGAAAAAUAUGCAUGUCUACUCUGGUAAUAUUUUUCACUGUCUGUGUUAACUUAAAAAUGGAAAUCUUUAUCUAUCUAUCUAUCUAUAUAUAUAUAUGUUACCUGCAUUCUCAAGGUAAUGGAAAAAUGGCUGUUUUCAACGCUGAAAUGAAGUGAUGUUUAAAAGAAAAAGAAAAAAAAAAGACAAAAAAAGAAUAUCAAAGCCUUAGUAUGUUCCCCAGAUUCUAGUCGAUUUAUUGCAUUGUAACCAUAUGAUGGGGCUACAUAUGACUAUAAUCUGAGUUUAAUUGGAUGCUGGAUUUUUGCAUGACCAUACGAUUAAUAAAAACCAUGAGUUAAAAAUAUCAAGUGUUUGUUUGAAUGUUAGUAGAUCUUCAUUAUAGCUUUGUUAUUGAAACGUCUGAAAGUAUUUAAUAAAAAUAACAUUUAAACAUAA